AUGUCCGCCUCAAAGACCUUGGCCUCGGGUGGCGGCAAGAACUGGAACCAAAAGAAGGGAAAGGGAAAGGAAACCGACAACCUCUUCCUCGCACUGAAAGGCAUCCUAGCGCGCGAACGUCGGCAAUUUCUACAAGCCUUCGUAGCCAGCAUCAAAGUGCGAAAGGUGGCCAAGGACGAGGUGGCUCGUCUUCCCACGCAACGCAGAGAAGAUGGAGAUAAUGCCAGCUGGUACACGAUCACCGAGCGCCUCGAGCCAGGUUUCCUCACUCGAGCCCAUCUCAUACGCUGGGACAGCGGCACGCGCACAGGGCCCGGUUUGAGAUGGAUGCGGUUCGUGGAUUGGCUCUCACAAUUACCGUUCCAGAAAGAGGAGUUCCUAGGGAAGCGCGGCUACACCCAGCAACUCCGAUGGUGGGCAAGCAACGGCAAGAAACCUUUCCGAUUCAUGGAACUUCCGAAAGAGCUUCGUCUGUGUGUCUACGAUCAGGCUAAUGGUAUGGAUAUGUAUCCUAAGAUUCGUAAUCUCGAAGAAGGCGCUGAGACUGCCGAUGCGCUUACUUUGGGAAACGGAUUCAGGCCUUGGGAUGACGUUCGUCCGGGAUACGUAUAUUCUGAUAUAGAGGGCUACAUCCACGACUCCAAGAAUGAUGUAGUCAAUGGCCCUAACUAUGCGCUGAUGCGAUUGUGCAAGCAAGUCUUCGCAGAAUACUACCAGAUGGCAUGGGAAUCCAGUCGUUUGAGCUUCAAGUCAGUAUGGCAGGCUGAUCACUGCAUACCGCGAAUUCGGGAUAUCUUGUCGUACAACACACUCACUCAUGUCUGCCUCUCAUUCAUGGCGUCUGAUUAUAUGAGCUUCUUCUCAAUGGUCACCCUAAAGACGUAUGACCAUGCCAGGGUUCCAGCACCAGCUGGUGCCCUCCUUUCGAGGAACCACCUCCCAAAUCUCCAGCAUCUUGGCUUCAACUUCCUCCGUCCUUACAAAACCUUACGGAUAGAACCAUGGCACUAUCGGGACAACUCAGGUCCCGUUGCCUGCCAGAAAGUAAUGUCCGACUGGAUCCUCGCCCACGCUAAAGAGUUUGUGGAGCAUAUUCCCCAAGUGUACAUAGAGGGCUAUAUCAAAACGAGCAUUAAGACAAAGUGGGAAGGUAUCUUCCGGGUCCAGAAAACUGGAAACUAUGUCGAUCUUAGCGAUGAGCUUCUUGCGAUUCGCGCCGCUUUGAUGAGCGAUAGACCCCUCAACUGCGUGUGCACCACCGAUUGCCGCAGGAACGGCUAUGGCCGCCAGCUCUUUGAAUACGAAGACCAGGCUCAGACAAACGGAGCGGCGGCGGCUGUGGUACGGAUGCUGUAUGGCGACGAUGCUCGAUGUUUGAUAUUUGAGGGUCAAGAAAUGUCCCCCAGCGAGGAAGUUGCGGGGGCGGCGGACAUGACCUCUGAGGGCCAGCAAUGUACAUGA